UCCGCCCCACGCACGUGUUCGGCGUCCGGGGCUGCGACAGAGGAGGAGGUUUAUAGACGUGGCAGCCCUCAUGGCAGGUCCCCUGUGGCGGGCCACAGCCUUUGUGCAGAGACACAGGACGGGCCUGUUGGUGGGUUCCUGUGCAGGCCUCUUUGGGGCUCAGAUCUCAUACCACCUCUUCCCGGAUCCUGUGGUCCAGUGGCUGUACCAGUACUGGCCUCAGGGCCAGCCGGCCCCCCUGUCCCCAGAGCUGCAGAGACUCUUCCAGGAGGUGCAGCAGGACAUCGGUGUCCCCUCCAGCCACCACUUCAAGGCCUUCACCACCUUCACCUUCCAGCCUGUGAGCGCCGGCUUCCCAAGACUCCCUGCUGGGGCUGUGGUGGGCAUCCCCGCCAGCUUCCUGGGUGGCCCAGUGACCAACACUGACUGGCCCGUGGUUGUCCACGGGCAACGAGUGGACUGGCAGAGCCCACCGGGUACCCGGCUGAGAGAUGCCCUGACCCUGUCCCACAACGCCCAGAAGUUUGCCUUGGCCAGGGAGGUGAUGUACCUGGAGAGCGGGGCGGUUGCCCUGCAGGCCCUGCCGGCCUCUGCCUGCCUGGUGGGCACCUGGGCGCUGGGCGUGGGGGCCAAGCAUGCCCUGGGGCUCUAUGGAGGCCCCAUGAACUUGCGGGCCGCGUUCAACUUGGUGGCGGCAGUGGCAGGCUUCGUGGCCUAUGCCUUGUCCACUGACUCUCUCACUCACGCCCUGGAAGCCUGGCUGGACCGUCGCACGGCCUCCCUGUCUGCAGCAUAUGCCCAGGGCGGGGUGGAAUUCUACGAGAAGGUUCUGUCAGGCAACCUGGCCCUGCGCAGCCUCCUGGGCCGGCCUGGGGAGAAGCUGUACACGCCCAGCGGGAACGUGAUUCCCAGACACUGGUUCCGCAUCAAACACCUGCCCUACACGGCCCGCCGGGACUCAGUGCUGCAGGUGUGGAGGGCGGCGCUCAGCUCCAGCAGCUCCUGAGGGCCUCCUGGCAGGGAAGGUUCUAGCUGGAGCAGAAUCACUUUCUGCUCUGCUCUGCAUCCUGGGAGGUUGACCCCAGUGCACUGCUUCAUCCCAGUUCCCUUUGCUUCUGGCUGCAAGUUGGAGACACCGGUGGGAGACAGCAGCAGGAAAUGGAGGGGUAGGAGGAGAGAGGCCGGGCAGUGUCUUCUAUACUCUCUGCUUGCCUCAGCGCCUCCAGGGCUACAGCUCCCACUGGGCAGCCCCCUCUACGUCUGUACCCUCUCUGGGCUCCGCUACCACCGUUUUCUCCCCUUACCCUUAUGGCCCUGAGAGUGGUAAGAGCUUCCUGCUCUGGGCAGUUCCUGGUGCCUCAGCAGCCUUUGAUGGUUCCAUAAACUUGCCCACAUCUCUGUAAGUCGUCCUUCACUGAGUGGCUCUUCAUUUGCACCAUCAGAGAGAAUGUUUUCCCUGCCAGGACUCUGAGUGAUACCCAUGUUAAGUGAAGAGAGAAGAAUACAAUGCUUGGGACAGAAAAAAAGGCCCGGUGCUUUAUCUGUAUCCCUUCAUCUCACCCUCACAGCAGCGCAGCAGAAUGCAGUCAAAGGAGUGUUGACACCAGAUUCACAUUUGGAAAGUGUUUGAAGGAAAAUUCCAAUCAUGUCUUUAUGGAAGGGAAGAAGAUGCAGAUGAAGGAAAAGUGAAAAAGGCACACUAGAUAUUUCUUACAUUUUUAAUUGCCAUAUGUUACUACUAGAUUGUAAUUUUUAAUGCUUAAUAUUUUACCUCCUUUAAGAAUGAGCCUCUGAGGAGGGAAGAUAUAUGGGAAUAUAGGUAUACAUAUAGCUGAUUCACUUUGUUGUAGAGCAGAAACUAACAGUACUGUAAAGCAAUUAUAUUCUAAUAAAGAUGAAAAAAUUAAAAAAAAUAAAGAAAAAAAAAAAAGAAUGAGCCUCUGAGAAGAGGAGGAGGAGGAGGAGGCCACAUGAGCUCAGUUGACUUGAUCCGCCCCACACACACACCAAAUUCCAGCCCCACUUAGAAUGGGAGGGACUGACAAUUUCUUAGAAUCCCAGCUCUACCACUGGGUGACCUUAGUUUUUUAAAUCUGUGACAUGAUUAUGUUAACGCCUAUCUCCAGGGUCAUUGUGAUGGUUGAUGGGCCAUGAUGGGAAGUGUCUGGCCCUGUGCCAGGUCACUGUGAGGCAUCGGCAACCUUAUCUGGGGUGGACUUCCUGCUACACCGCGUGCUAAAGAAGAAAUGGGUGUGAGAGACAAAAGCUUCCUGCUGUGGCCUGCACCCAGUGUACAGCAGUGGCCCCUAAUAAGCAGUUGACAAGUCGAUGAAUGCGCAAACAAAAGUGCUGCCCUCCCCAGGCUGGGUCCCGGGAGCACAGAGCAGCCGCCUCUGUUUCACAGAAGGAUCUUCAUUCUCUGUCCCACUGGAUUCGUUUUUUUAUUGCUGUGUAAGGAAUUUCCUCAAGCGGUGGCUUGAAACAACACACAUUUAUUAUCUUGGCUGUCUGGGCACUGCCCCGCUGGGUCUGCUGCUCAGGGAUGCGCAGGCUGUGACCAAGGU